UUCGCGUUUCCUGUCUGGGCGGAGGAGGUUUGGCCCUGCGACGCUGCCGUCUCCCAGUGGCUGCGGCAAGCGUCAUGGCGGCGGCUCUCUCAAUGUCAGCAGCUCUGAGGCACCUUGUCGCGAGGAGCGGGGCCGCCGCGGCCCGCCUGUCGCCGGCCAGGUCACUGAGCACUUCCACAUGGCGGCUGGCACAGGACCAAACUCGAGACACGCAACUCAUCACAGUUGAUGAAAAAUUGGAUAUCACUGCUUUAACUGGUGUUCCAGAUGAGCACAUCAAACCCAGAAAAGUUCACAUUUUUGUUCCAGCACGUAAUGCAAUGCAGGCAGGAGUUAACAAUACAAAGAAAUGGAAGAUGGAGUUUGAUAACAGGGAGCGCUGGGAGAACCCUUUAAUGGGCUGGGCAUCUACAGCUGAUCCUUUAUCCAACAUGGUUCUUACUUUCUCUACUAAAGAAGAUGCCAUUGCCUUUGCUGAAAAAAAUGGCUGGAGCUAUGACGUUGAAGAGAAGAAGAUUCCAAAACCUAAAUCCAAGUCUUAUGGUGCAAACUUUUCUUGGAACAAAAGAACGAGGGUGUCUACAAAAUAGGUUGGCAUUGGCUGUCUGACUGAAUAAAGUCAGCUGUGCUAUAUUUAUAGUCCAUGUAUAAUACAUCUCUUAAUCUCCUAAUAAAUUUGACCUUUAAACUACA